AUCUCAGCGGCAACAUGCGCAUCGAGAACACACACGUCCACACACCGCCGCAGCUGGCCGACCCGUGGCGCGCCGACCUGGUGCUGCGCUCGCUGCUGGCGCGCCACCUCGCCGCCCUGGCGCCGCCGCAGCUGGCGCCCGAGCUGCUCGGCCGUCUGGCACGUCUCGGUCAGCAGGCCAAGGACGAGCUGCGCCCCGCCGCUGCGCUGCUCAACCGUCCCGGCGCCGAGCCGCUGCUGCUGCAGUACGACGAGUGGGGGCGCCGCGUCGACGAGGUGCGCACCUCCGAGGGCUGGCGCGCCAUUGCGACGUGGUUCGCCGAGCGCGGCAUCCCCGGCGAGGCGUACGGCAGCAUGGGCCAGGAGCGCUGGCUCAAGACGGAGGAGAGCGCCGGCGGCCCGGGGCGGCUUGGUGCAGCCACGCGCCUCUACGCCCACGCUCGCACGCACAUCGUGUCGGCCGACUCGCACGUGGCUCUCUGCCCAAUCUCCAUGACGGACGGCGCGAUCCUCGUCAUUUCCAAGCACGGCACGCCGUCGCAGCAGGAGCGCCUGCUGCCAAAGCUGCUGCACCGCGGCGCCGGCGCCCACUUUGCCGGCCAGUGGAUGACGGAACGCACGGGCGGCAGCGACGUUGCGUUGACGGAGACGUCUGCGAAGAAGCUCGGCGACGGCGAUGGCAAGGCGGGAGACCUGUACCUCCUCGAUGGCUUCAAGUGGUUCGCUAGUGCAGCAGACGGACACAUCGCACUGGCCCUCGCUCGCACCGAUCCCGACAAGUCGCGGGGCGCGCGUGGCCUCUCGCUCUUCAUCGUGCCGCUGCGGCGCGAGAACCGGCCGCCGCUGCCGCCGGGCGUCGCGCUGCCGGCGGACAGCGACCCGCACUCGUCGUUCAACGGCAUCCGCGUGCACCGCCUCAAGAACAAGCUCGGCACUAAGUUCGUGCCGACUGCCGAGCUCGAGCUCAACGGAGCCGUCGGCGAGCUGGUCGGCGAGCCGGGGCGCGGCGUGGCACUCAUCGCCGGAGUCCUCAACGUCACGCGCCUCUACUCGUGCUCCGGCUCCGUGGCUGCGCUCAGUCAGGCGCAGCAGUUCGCACGGCAGUACUCGCUGCUGCGGCAGGUGCGAGGCGAGCCGCUGGCCAGUCUGCCGCUGCACAUGCGAGGCCUUGCACGCGUGGCCGUCUUGCACGCCGGCCUCUCGGCGUUGCUCUGGCACACGGUCGCCGUGCAGUCGCAGGUGGAGAGCACGCCGGGCCAGCAGCGCCUCGAGAGGCGCGUGCGCCUGCUGACGCCAACGGCGAAGGCAUUUGCGGCGGCCAAGGGCACCGAGGGCUUGGCGGUUUGCAUCGAGUCCGUUGGCGGACAGGGCUACAUGCACGAGAGCGUGCUCACCACGCACUUCCGCGACGCGCUCGUGGAGCGGGUGUGGGAAGGCACGCCGUCGGUGCUUGCGCUCGACGUGCACCGCGUCUUCUCGCAGUCGAAAGGCGCUGCGCUCUCGGAGUGGGCCGAGGACACGCUGAAGUCGCUGAAGGCCAGCGCACAGGCGCUGCCGUCGGCGCAGGGCACGAGCGAUGGGCUCGUCGCGGCAGUGCGGUCCACGCUCGAGGGCGCCAAGGUGCUGGCCACGGCCGGGCUCGACCUGCGUGCCGCCCGCUCCGUGCUCGACCUGAUCGCCGUCUGCACCGGCGGCGAGCAGCUGCUGGCGCACGCCGUCUGGCUGCACGCGGACGGCGGCGAUGCCUCGGAAGCGGCGCUCUUCGCCGAGCGCGCCCGCCGCUGGCUCGCCGAGACGGGCGCCCACGAGGCGGCCGAGGAGCUGCGGGCGCGCAGCGAUGUGGCGACGGAGCGUGCGAUUGCGCUGGGCGGCGAGGAGGCGCUGCUCCAGGCGCGCCUGUGAAGACAUACCCUCUGCAACGACGCUGCUGCC